AUGAACGUGCCGAGAGCUGAUGUUCAGUCAGAGACACUAACAUGUGUAGAAUCCUUACAACGUGCACCGUCACCGAUUCUCUUUCCCGAGAACGUACCUGGAGCUGGAAAACAUAACACAGAACAUGACGGGAUGUGCACGAGUAAACAAAAGAGUUUCCGUACUGAUCUGUCACCGGAUGAUGUCAAGCUUGUCAAUGAGCUUGGUCGUCUGACACCUGAUCAACUCGCCGAAUACAUCAAGAAUGUACAAAACACUGCAUACAGCCUCGGAAUUGAUGAAGCUCGGCAAUUCUCAAGGGGCAAGAUGCUGCAAAUUUUUAGCCGGUAG